AUGGAGUCUACUGUUGGCUUUCUCAGUUUGAUUAUCAUUGGUCUAUUGUGUAUCGAAAGAAGCUCAUCUACUCCAUUGGAUGACUAUGUUCGUGCACCAGAUCCGCAUUACGGAUGGCUUACUAUCCGGACGUACCAGGAACCAGAUUAUAAGCUAUACAUUCUGAAUUUUACAUCACAGAAAUGGUUAAACGAAAGUUUUACUGAUCAUCCAAUAUGGUGGCAUUAUCUAUGUAUUACAGUUCCGAAUAAACUUACACGACCCAACAGUGCAUUUAUGAUCAUCGAUGGAGGUCAUAAUACGGAUGGAAUUCCAAAGCCUCAAGAUAAUAUGCUUGCAUUGACUUCAAUGUUUGCAAUUAGUUCUGGCAGUCUCGGUGUUCAUUUACAAGAUAUACCUAAUCAAUCAUUCCGAUUCAAAGCUGAUCCAUCGAAUAGAAGUCGUAGUGAAGAUGCGCUAAUUGCUUGGACAUGGAAAGCAUUUAUUGAAGAUCCAAGCAAUCCAUACAUUCUUCUUCGUAUGCCAAUGACCAAAGCUACAGUUCGAGCUAUGGAUGCGGUACAAGACUUUGCAAAACAACUAGGUAUCACUGUACCAAAAACAUUUGUCAUCGGUGGUGCUUCGAAACGCGGAUGGACAACAUGGACAGCGGCUGCAGUCGAUAACGAACGUGUUAUUGGCGCAGUACCCAUUGUUAUGGAUAUUCUCAACCUUCAACGAAAUAUGCAUCAUCAUUUUCGAUCUCUGGCUGGAUGGACUUUCGCAUUCAAUGAUUACUACGAACUAAAUAUCACCCAAUAUGUUGAUCAUCCAAAUUUAGGUAAAAUGGGACAAAUUGUCGAUCCAUACAGUUAUUUUGAACGAUACAGACGAAUGAAAAUCUUGCAGAUCCAAACAGGCGGCGAUGAAUUUUUCCUUCCUGACAAUGAAGAUGCAUUCUGGACUGAUUUACAAGUCGCUACUGGUGGCUCGUAUUUGAGACGACUACCCAAUGCUGAACAUUCAUGUGCUGGUCAUGAAAUUAGCUUAUUCUUCACAAUGCGAAGUUUCUAUCUAAGUAUCUACGAUAAUCGACCAUUACCAUCAUUCAAAUGGAUCAAGACAUCAAACAAUACCCAUGGUUACAUUCGUGCUACAGUUGACUUCAGUGUUGGUCCUAAACCAAUCAACGUGUACGGUUAUCAUGCUCGAACCCUCAAUGACAAACGGCGUGAUUUUCGUCUUGUUAUCGGCGAUCCAAACCAUCCAGGCAAAGCCAUGGCUAAUCCAGUUAUUUGGCUCAAAAACAACGUUGUCAUCGAAACCCAAACUUCAACAACUGUUGUUUAUUCUCUAACAAUCGCAAACCCAAUGAAUGGUUGGGAAGCUUUCUUUAUUCAAGCCGACUUCCCCGGUCCAGACGGUACUGCAUUGGAAUUAACCACGGAAACACAAAUAAUUCCCGAUACAUAUCCAACAGGCGACUGUUCUGGUGCUGGUUGUACUGGCACACUUGUUUAG